GAAUCAGGAGAAAGAAAGCAACCUUUCGGAGCCGUCAAGAGUUUAACCCUUUCGACAUUUCCUAAGCUUCAUUCCCCUUUUCUCCCUUUUCAAUUAUCACAAUAAUCCAUUGCUGUUCAACGAUUGAACAAAACACUGAUCAAAUGACUGCUCUCCCUUCACCAAAUCACUGCUGCUCCUCUUCCUCAUCCGCUUAUUCUCUCAAUUCCUCUAUUGGGUUUCGCCAGAUUCAUAGAAACAUCCCUUUCUCGCUGAUUCCUCACAACAAAUUUGGGUUAAAAAACGUUUCUUUCCGAUCCAAAUGCACCCCUUCUCUGCCUGAUGCCGUUCUCAUGCAAGAUGUUGUAUCUAAAAUUUUGAGCUGUUUAGGUGCUUUGGCAACAAAAUUGGUUGCCACCAAUGAAGCUUCUUAUCCUAAGGAAUUGAAGGAGGGGUUGUUGACAGUUAAUCCUCCGGAAGAAGAUGAAAACACCGUUGAUUCGGAUGCGAAGGGUGAUGGUUCGACUGUCAGUAUUACUAUUGUAGGGGCCUCUGGGGACCUUGCCAAGAAGAAGAUAUUUCCUGCUCUUUUUGCACUCUACUACGAGGAUUGUCUUCCUGAGCACUUCACUAUCUUUGGUUAUGCCCGUAGUAAGAUGACUGAUGCGGAAUUGAGAGAUAUGGUUAGCAGGACGCUCACUUGCAGGAUCGACAAGAGGGAAAAUUGUGGUGAAAAGAUGGAUCAGUUCUUGAAGAGGUGUUUCUACCACUCUGGUAACUAUGACUCUGAGGAAAAUUUUACACAGCUUGAUGGGAAGCUCAAGGAGCAUGAGGCUGGAAGGAUUUCAAAUCGACUUUUCUACUUAUCAAUCCCACCAAACAUAUUCGUAGAUGCUGUAAAAUGUGCUAGUCGUUCUGCCUCUUCAGCUAAUGGAUGGACCAGGGUCAUUGUCGAGAAACCUUUUGGUCGAGACUCUGAUUCCUCCGCUGCAUUGACUAGAUCUCUCAAACAAUACUUAGAGGAGGACCAAAUUUUUAGGAUAGAUCAUUAUCUCGGAAAGGAGCUAGUGGAGAACCUUUCCGUCUUACGCUUCUCCAACCUUAUUUUCGAGCCGUUAUGGUCAAGAAAGUAUAUAAGGAAUGUUCAGCUGAUAUUCUCGGAGGACUUUGGGACCGAAGGAAGAGGAGGUUACUUCGAUCACUACGGAAUCAUCAGAGAUAUAAUGCAGAACCAUCUCCUCCAAAUACUAGCGUUGUUCGCCAUGGAGACGCCAGUGAGCUUGGAUGCCGAAGAUAUCAGAAACGAAAAGGUUAAAGUCUUGCGGUCCAUGAGGCCUAUACACGUAGAUGAUGUUGUCGUAGGACAAUACAAGGGUCACACGAGAGGAGGGCAGUCGUAUCCCGGAUAUACAGAUGACAAAACAGUGCCUGAGGAUAGCUUAACCCCGACUUUUGCAGCUGCAGCGCUAUUCAUCGAUAAUGCUCGAUGGGAUGGCGUACCUUUCCUAAUGAAGGCCGGGAAAGCCUUGCACGAUAGGAGGGCUGAGAUACGAGUCCAGUUUAGACACGUUCCUGGCAAUUUAUACAACCGGAACUUCGGCACUAACACUGACCGGGCAACAAAUGAGCUCGUAAUCCGUGUCCAGCCCGAUGAAGCGAUAUAUCUGAAGAUCAAUAACAAGGUUCCGGGGCUUGGAAUGCGAUUGGACCGAAGUAAUCUCAAUCUUCUCUAUAAAGCAAGGUACGCCAAGGAGAUACCGGAUGCGUACGAGAGGCUCGUUCUAGAUGCCAUCGAAGGCGAACGGAGGCUCUUCAUCAGGAGCGACGAGCUAGAUGCUGCUUGGUCGCUCUUCACGCCGGUGUUGAAGGAGAUCGAGGAGAAGAAGGUGAUCCCGGAGUACUAUCCGUACGGGAGCCGAGGCCCGGUCGGGGCACAUUACCUUGCGGCUAGGCACAACGUUAAAUGGGGUGAUGUUGGCGUUGAUGAAUGAAAUCUUGAUCAUUUUUUUCUAGCUUACAAAUGAGGAAUUCUUGUUUUAGGUAUUUUUUUGAGUUCAUUAUUGACUUCACCUUUUGUUGAUUAGAUUUAGCAAAAGAUUUAUGUUGAAUUAUUGUGACUUUGAAGGUGAAUUAAUGUACUCGUAAGCAUUUGUAGGCACAUUAUAUUUUCCUAAA